AUGGUGAGGCUGCCGCCAUUUUCGAUCUCAAGGCAUCCUUUUUCCAGGCGGGUUUGCCAGCCGAAAGACGCAGAAAUUUCCGUUGUCGACGGAGAAGGGGGGCUGGUCGAGUUCACACGGCCCCCAAUGGGGUAUAAAUGUAGCCCGGAAAUUUUGCAUACCAUCGCAAAGGUUUUGGCGGGGGACCCCGAGAUGGUUAAACCGCGUUAUGCAUCCCCGGCGGAGUUAACUCUACACGUGUGGAUUGAUAAUAUUCGCAUCAAAGGGCCACGCAGGAGCGUAGAGUCUUGGGGGAACAUUAUUGCGACAAAUAUGCGUAAAUGCGGCGCAACGGUGGGAGAGCACGAGGCUCCCACCGCGCGUUACGAAUUCAUAGGGGUUUGUUUCCACCACACUGCGAAGACGGUUUCCCUCAGUGACAAGGCGUCACGGAAAUUGAAGAGUGCCACGCCCCUCCAUAAGAUGUCGGUUGGGGAAUUGGAAAGCUUCACUUCACGUAUGAUGUAUGCGGCGGGGGUUCAAGGGGGUUCGCUUUUUCGGCAUUAUUUCUUUUUGAAAACGGUGCGCCGAAGACUUUCGCGGCUCAGAGGAGGGCUUUUAGGGGCCCAUGGCCCGGCCGCCCUGCCCCCUUUUGCCCUUAAGGUCGGGCAGGAGUGGCUUGACACUUUGUUGCAGAAUAAUCCUGUCAACCCCCCGAGGGCCAACCCGACUUCAGGGACUUUAGUG